AUGCCAGACGGAAAGGCUCCACAUUUCCCACAACAGCCAGUGGCUCGCCAAAACGACGAUGGCUCCUUGGAGCUUGAAUGCUUCGUCGAUGCCAACCCAACACCACAAGUCAAGUGGUAUUACGACAACAAGGAGGUCGAAAACUCUGGCCGUUUCAGCGCCAACCUUGCCAACAAGGGAAGCGACAGCUACUCCGCCAUUCUUACCAUCAAGGAGCUCGCCGACGCCGACGCCGGAGCAUACAGAUGCGCCAUUGUCAACCCACACGGAAAGGGAAAUGCCAACUUCAACUUGAAGCUCACAGGAUUCUCUUCCCCAACCUUCGUCGAGAAGCCACAAAUCUCAUCCAGAGACGACGGACAAGUGAUGGUUAUGGAGUUCCGUGCCAAGUCAAUCCUUGAGCCAACCUUCGUCUGGCAGAAACUUGUUGGAGGAGGAGCUGAGGAAAUCAUCGCCAACUCUGACCGCAUCAAGGCCGUGAAGAAACUUGAAGCCGGAAACGUCUACUACUCCGCUCUUGAGAUCAAGGAGCCAACCAAGGACAAGGACGCCGGACAGUUCAUCUGUACCGUCAAGAACGAGUCUGGAAAGCUUACCGCCACCUUCACCGUUAAGUUCGAGGUGCCAGAGGGAGCCCCAUCCUUCACCAGAAAACCACAAAUCCUCCAACAAACUUCAUCCGGAGGUGAACCAGCUAUCUGCUUCGAUAUUGGAUACUCCGCCAGAAUGAACCCACAAGUCACCUGGAUCUCACCAAAAUCUAAGAAGAUGAAGGAGUCCUCCCGCAUCAAGUUCAAGACCAACGAUGAAGGAAAUGGAAACUUCACUGCUCAAUUGGAGCUUACAAACUACAAAGCCAAGGAUUCGGGUACCUACACUUGCAACAUCAAGAAUGACGCCGGAGAAGCUAAUGUCGAGCUGACGUUGAACAUCGAGGGACCACUCGAUGACUACGCCGAUGACAGCGAGAACUAA